ACGAAACUCAAUGUUUAUGUCGGAAAAUCAACGGUGGAUGGAUGAGAUCGCCGCCGCGAGGAGAGAAGCUUCUUCUUGGGACUUCCCUUUCACCGACAUUAACAUUCAGCAUCGUCGUCACUGCAAUAUAAGUCAUGAUUUUGAAAUCUUGAAGAGUCCCCCUGGAGAUAACGAAGAAGAGAGCAAUAAUCAUAACCCUAAUUAUAGUAACAGCGAGAGUGGUAAGAAGGAGACAACAGACAGUGGACAGUCUUGGUCUUCGUCGUCUUCAAAACCGUCGAGCUUGGGGAGAGGACACUGGAGACCAGCUGAAGAUGUUAAACUCAAAGAGCUUGUCGCCAUUUACGGUCCACAAAACUGGAACCUCAUAGCUGAAAAGCUCCAAGGAAGAUCCGGGAAGAGCUGUAGACUACGGUGGUUUAACCAAUUGGACCCGAGGAUAAAUAGAAGAGCUUUCACGGAGGAAGAAGAAGAGAGGUUAAUGCAAGCACAUAGGCUUUAUGGUAACAAAUGGGCAAUGAUUGCGAGGCUUUUUCCUGGUAGGACUGAUAAUUCUGUCAAGAACCAUUGGCAUGUUAUCAUGGCUCGUAAGUAUAGAGAACACUCCUCUGCUUACCGCAGGAGGAAGCUUAUGAUUAAUAAUCCACUUAAACCCCAUCUUCCUAAUCAUCCUAACCCUAACCCUAAUUACCACUCUUUUAUCUCCACUAAUCAUUUCUUCACUCAGCCUUUCCACGAGUUAAAUCUGACUCAUCACCUGGUUAAUAAUGCGUCUAUCACGACUGACCAUAACCAGCUUGUGUUGCCUUUCCAUUGCUUUCAAGGUUAUGAGAGCAAUGAGACUCCGAUGGUUGUGAGAAUGUUUGGCAACCAAAUGAUGGUCGGCGAUAAUGUUGGUGCCACGUCAGAAGAGUUAUACAAUUUUCCGUACAUUGACUCUUCGAGCCAAGAAACACGAAUGCCAAAUGAGCCAAUGAGUUGGAUCGGAAUGGAAGUGGUAGACGAGGAGGUGGUUGAGAAGGCUAAACAGCAACCACAUUUUUUUGAUUUUCUUGGCUUGGGUACGACAUGA